AUGAGAUUUGCGGCGUUUACUACAGUGGCGGAGUCGGCGGGAGAAGCUACCGAUGCCACGGGAUUGCUGGACAAUCUUCGAAAGCAGACCAUCCUCGCGGAGGAGCUGGGCUUCGAGGCUAUGUGGCUUGGGGAGCAUCACUUCGGGCCUUACGGAGCGGGCGACAUACCUAACCCGAUUCUGCUUGGGGCCGACCUGGCAGCCAGGACGUCACGAAUUCGCAUUGGUCAGAUGGCGAACAUAGCGCCGUGGUGGCAUCCGAUACGGCUGGCAGAGGAUUUAGCCAUUCUGGACAAUAUGAGCGGCGGUCGGGUCGAUGUCGGUUUUGGCAGGGGGAUCUGGCCGUAUGAGGGGCCUCAGUUCCAUCCUAACGCGGACCCGCGCAAAGACAAGGAAAACAGGGAGCUGUUCCGCGAAACGGUGGAGAUCGUGCGGGAAAUCUGGAGGAACGAGUAUUUCUCGUAUAACGGCAGCAACUACUCUUUCCCUGCCGAAGACACGGUUUUCUCGCAUCCUAUGUAUUCGCCGAAUCCGAAGUGGCUAGAUGGCGAGAAAGUGACGAAACUUCGUGUGACGCCGAGGCCAUAUCAAGAGCCGCAUCCCCCAAUUUGGAUGACUGUAUCCACCGACAACUCGGUUACAACGGCGGCUGAACUCGGGCUGAACGCCUGCUAUUGGCAGCCGCCGGCGCUCAGGAUCAGGCAGCGAAUGGAACUUUACGCGGAGAUCAGGUCCAGGCUGGAGGGCAGACAGUUCAGAUUGGGGGAAGGUCAGGCGGUUAUGCGAACCACCUAUAUCGCCUCUUCUAUGGAGGAAGCACGGCGCGAGGCUGAAGAAGCCGUUAUGUCGUCUUUCAUAUUCAACGACCCGUUUCGAGGCAGGCAGGUGUUCACGAAUCCUGAUGAGGUGCUAGACCCUGACGUGAAGCUGGACUGGGAUUUCCUUGAACCUCGCACUCUGUUGGUCGGCUCUCCUGAAAAUGUGAUAGAGAAGAUUGAGGAGCUGCAAGAGGUAUGCAGCCUGGAAUACCUUCUUGUCUCGUUUUCGCACACGGGUCUACCAGUGGGUAAAUCGCUGCAGAACCUGGAGAACUUCGCUACGAAGGUCAUGCCCCACUUUGCAUGA